UUGGGCGUGUGGCCGGCGUCGCACGCGACCGCGCUGGCGGCUGUGGGGAGCGUGGACGUCGCCCGGUGGCUUCGCCGAGCGGGAGUGGCGGUGGCAGAGCCCCGGCUCGCGCUGCUCUGAGAAAGCCCACUUCUGGUUCGACGGAUGAUGGCGUUGGAUCAGAUACCAAAGAGGGAUUGGUACAGCGUUCUGGGGGCGGACCCGUCUGCUGACGCGUCAGACCUAAAACACAAGUAUCAGAAACUCGUACUCAUGUAUCACCCGGACAAGCAGAGCACAGCCGCGCUGGAGGAGCUGGAGGAGCGACGGCAGAGGUUCCUCGAGGUGGGUCAGGCCUGGAAGGUUCUGGGGAACGAACAGUCGAGGAAAGAGUACGACCUGCAGCGGCAUGAAGAUGAGCUCAGAAGUAUGGGACCAGUACAUGCACAAGUGUAUCUUGAAGAAAUGUCUUGGAAUGAAGGUGAUCGUUCCUUCUCUCUGAGCUGCCGAUGUGGUGGCAGGUACAGCGUUGGUGAGCAGGAGGCGGCAGCCAUAGGCCUGGUUCCCUGUGACACGUGCUCGCUGAUGGUGGAGCUCCUUCACGACAGCUGAGCUGUGCGGUGGCUGAGGUUGCCCCGUGCCCGCCCAGCCCCACCAGAAGCCGAGCGGGCUUCCAGAGAAGGGUUGCUGUCAGCCCACCAGGAGCCACCGGGGAGUAACAGAAAAUGAACUUCUUCAUUUAGGUGCACUUAGAAUUCAUGUUUACAGACUGCCAAAGAAAAGACUUCAACUUUUGUUUACUCCUUGGAAAAUAAGAAUUUUCUUAUUUGAAAUGAGCUUUUCUCCUGUUCUUUCGGCUACAGUGCUGUGGAUUCCUUCACAGAGACUUGGGUUCUGAUCUGAGACCUUCCAGCUGCUGCGGGCACAGGCCGGAGCGCCUCUCCGCCGGUCGGAAGCCCGGAGGAGCACGCAGAAUGGCCCUCCGGGGAGGAGGGCUGGUGGGGCAGUGGGACAGUGCCUGGGGUGGGUAGGGAAGGGGAGGCAGUAGCUGGAGAAGCGCACUGUGGCCCCACAGCUGUGAUCACUGCCAUCUUCAAGUGCAGUGCAGGGAACGGAAGCUCAAAGAGAGCUUGAUACAGCUGCUUCCCUUUCCUUAUUGCAGCAUCUUGAGAUCAGACCCUCCCUGCCUUGUUAGUGAGUCACUGCUGGGAUCAUGGAAUGGAGUUUAACCGGCUAGUGUCGUGGACUAGAGCAUACUACAUAGUGUUCCCUUACUUCUGUGUACAGUGCUGUCUUGCUUGUUGAAUGGCUCCAAAGCUCAGACUGUCCACCAUUUGAACAGCAAAAUUUGCAAAAAAUUGUGCAUGGUGUUCAUAACUUUGCUUGAUAGUUGAGUUGAAAAUUCAGCUUGAAAAAACUUGUGCAGGCCAAGUGAGGUAUAUGUUGCAUCUCACCUUGCGUGGACCCAAAGGGGCAGAGCUUCAGUCUAUAAACUCCAGUUUGGCCCAGACAACAUACAGAGUUUUGUUAGUGGGCUAAAACACUCAUCACUGCUGUUUUGAGGGGCUUUAUUUGCAUAAAAUAACAUAACCAUGGUCCCAAAGAAAGUAAUUGCAGUAAAGCUAAGAAGAAAACUGGAAAACACGAUAGAGUUAAAGAAAACAUUGUGAAAUUUGAAUCAGGUCGCUGCUUGUCUGACGUGCCGGCUGAAUACAACAUGGCUAAGUCGACAUUAUCAACACUUCUGAAAAAAAUGUGAUUGAAGAGGCUAAUGUAGUGAAAGGUGUGAAAUCGUUAACCACGUAACAACCCAGAUUGGGCAAGAGGUUGGGAAGUUACUGUUAGUUGGGUAGAUGAGAAACAACUGGGUGGCAGUAGUGUAUACGAGACAGUGAUACUCCAGAAGGCCAGACGCCUCCACAGUGAUUAGCUGAAAACGCUCCUGGAGCAAGUGCUGAGCGACCUGAAGUGUUCAAAGCCAGCCAUGGCUGGUCUGAAAUAUUCAAAAAGAGAACAGGCACACGCUGUAUAGUGAGGCAUGGGGAAGGGAUGAAUGCAAAGAAAGACAAAGCCAGUAAAUUUGCAGCUCGAUUUGCUGAAUACAUGGAGGCUGAGGGUUUUGUUCCCCAGCAAGUGUUCAACUGUGACAAAGCCAGACUUUGGGGGAAGGAUAUGCCCCAUAGCACCUUCAUUACUAAAGAGGAAAAGGCAUUUUGAGGCCAUAAGCCUAUGAAAGGUGGACCUGCUCUAGUACUGUGUGGGAAUGAUAGUGGAGAUUUUAAAGUGAAGCCUAUGUUAGUGCACCAUUCUGAAAACCCCUGUGUUUACUAGGUUACGACAGCUCAUCCCAUACUUUGCUACUGAAAAUUUAUACUUUAGCAUAACAGUAGCUGGCUAUGUGACUCAGCAGCUCCUGAGGGAUAUAGGAAGCAAUUUUGUGUUUACUGACUUGGUAUGACUAACAGCAAGGUGUGUGCAGAAGUAGCAAAGUAGGAUUUUUAUCCACAUAAUGUUCUAACAAGGUUUUGCAUGUUUAUCUGAGCAUCAUGGGGUAAAAUACACCCACACCACUCUUCUGCUGUGUAAAUGGAAUGUGGGUGUGCUCACAGUAGCUUUGCCUGGAAAAGCAAAAACCCGUCUGCAUUUACCCACUUGGCAGAUGAAUGGCAAAGCAUGUACAGGAGAGCCAAAGCAGCAACAGGCGAGUUUUUCCAUGAAAUGCUCAUUGCUAAAUUUCUGUGCAUUUAGGAUUUGUUUUAAAGAAGGUUUUCUUUUGAUUUUUCUCAUAUAAGUAGCUCAGUUCAGUACAAUGGCACAUGAAAAACCAGAUGUGCAAGUUUUGAGACGUUCAAAAUGAAUCAUCAGAUUACUCAUGCAUGAAUGAUGAUAAUGACUCUGAUGUUCGUCAUAUGAGCCAAAGUUCUCGUGAUAGUGAAGUGGAGCAAGAAUCUAUGGAUACAGGGCUGGGAGUAUAGCUCAGUGGAAUUGCGCCUGCCUGGCAAGCUUGAGGUCCUGUUAGAUUCCUAGUACCAAAAAAAAAAAACAAAAACCUGUGGAUACAGACACAGGGAAUGCAGACCUUGACUCAGAUGAUGAAAAAACUGUGAGUACAUAUUUGACUAGUAGAAAUGGUCACACGACCAAAUGGAAUAACCCAGUGUUAGAACUAGGUCCGAAAAUACAGUGAGGAUCUUCGCAGGGGUGAAACCCAUUGGACAGACUGCCAACACUGCCAUUUAGUGUUGCAAAUUAUAACCGAUGAAAUGAUACAAGAUGUUAUGAAAUACACAAAUGCUGAAAUACAAGUAAAACACCCUGUAUGCACCAAUGUAUUUAUGAUGACACCUCACUAGCUGAACUGAAAGCAUUCACAGGUCUGUAAAAGACUUGUGGAAAAGCAGUGGGUUGUCUGAGGUUUGUAGAGUAACAGUGACACUGAGAUUUAGUUUCCUUCAAAAUUGCCUGAGUUUUGAUGACAAAACCACCUGCUAAGAAAGAAAAAACUGAUAACCUGGCUGCUAUCUGCUUAUGGUUUGAGAGAGGUGGAUCGUUGCCAAGCAUAUAUACCAUCUGAAUACAUGACUGUCGAAUAUAUGGCAUAAAAAUGUAUGCCUAUGUAGAUGCAGACUUACUAUGCUUUCAAUUUAGACAUUUAUCCUGAAACUCAGCAACUAGGUCCUUGUUCAUAUAGUAAUAAACCAAAUGAUGUUCUGAACAGACUUGUGGCUCCCAUCUUCCAAACUAAUCGGGAUGUGACAUUCAACAAUUG